GCCAAACUGCUUGCCCUCAGUAGCGAUGGUGGGCAUGAGUGUCAUUCGGUCUGCUGCUGCUUUUGCAGCCAGGCUAAAUCCUCUAAAAUCGGGGAAUUCUGCGGUGAACUUGCUCAGCAGAACUGCACUACGCACAGAUAAAGGUAAAUGGUAUUCCACGUUUCCAAAAUCUACAAUACCUUCCCUCGUGGUGGCUAUUUCUUAUUGUGACCUUGUGGCUAGUCCUGUGUGACUGGCUAACGUUAGCUUCUUACUAGCGUAUUCUUAUCAUUGCUAGUUGACUAGCUAGCCAUGGCAUGACCUAGUUAGCCAUCCUUCUCUCAAGUGUCUCUUCUUGCCACCACUGCAAACGACAGCAUACAAAUCUAAUUUUACUGAUUGAUUUUCAUAGUUUUCAAAUGACUUGUGAUGCUCAUUAACUUUACAUAUUGUUGACCUGUCUAGUGGACAUACGAUAGCUGCUAAGCUAGCAGCCAAGCUAAAUACACACAGCCUUGCUAGCACAACACACACCAAAACAACUACAUUUUCUUUCACCCAAGUGUCACAGUGAUGACAGAAUUCAUUUUUGACACCACACUGACCAAUAGUUAGCGAGUUGAAUGGCAACUAACUAGCAACCUUUCCAACCGUUUCAUCUCUAGGUGCAGCCAUACAGUAAUGCAAUGCUUUAUAUGCCCACAUAAAUAAUGUUUUGCAGUGUUUAACAUCCCUGAAAACGUUGCUUUGCAGUGGCAGUCCGCUGGGGAAGCCAUGGGAAGCAGAUGUUUAUCAUCAAGCCCACUGGCUUCUAUGACCGGAGGUUUCUGCAGUUAUUGGUAAGUAUUUAGUUAUUCAGACUAGAACUAGUUCUCUGAAAACUCUAGGCGCCAUUCUGCCUUCUCUCUACAGUUUUCAGCGGUUAGCUUCUACCAAUACUGGCUCAUGUGAACUACAAUCCCGAUGCUGUGUUUUAACGUUUAGAAACGUCAACUUUUGAAACAUAUGGACCUUAUCUUUCAUCAGGUAGAAAGAAUCCUUCAAAUAAAAAAAACAGUAGCAGUUGUGCACAGAUCCAUACAGCUAUGGGUGCCUCCAUCCAACGAAAAUACACUUCCAAAGUUACGCUAACAUACAGUUGUUCGGAGCACGUUAGAUAGCUAAUUAGCAUAGGCGGUCGCCUCUGUUUUCCCGUAAACAAGCGCUGUAACAUGGCGAUAUGGCCGUGUGGGAACACUAACUAUAUGAAUUUGUGUAUCAAUUUAACCUUUUUGUUUUUUGAAAAUUAUUUCUCACUGAUAUGAAAGAUAUAAGUUCCUUAUGCUUCCAAAACCGUACCGCAAGCAGUGCGUGUUAAUGUUCAGACCAAGCGUCGGGGCUCUUAACAAAACUCCCCUGUACAGAAGACGCCUUUGUCCAAUGACUCUUAUGUGUAAUGUAAUAGAACUGUGAGUAAUGAUCAAUGGCUAGACUAGAACUAGCCUACUUACAUCACUGCAAAAUAUUUGGUUUACGGACAACUGUCCACCGCACUGAACCACAUUAUUUACUAACUUAUUCACACCCCACAUUUAUUUCUAGAAAUUCUACGUCCUGCUUACUGGAAUCCCAGUUGCGGUCUUUGUGACAUCCGUGAAUGUGUUUGUCGGUAAGUGUGUGUCGAUAUUUCCAUUGCUCAGAAAUGAUCAAUUUUUAUGGAGAAACAUAGUAAAAGAGAAAUGAACCUGAAUAUAUUAUUCUAUUUUUUAAGGUGAAGCUGAGCUGGCUGAAAUUCCUGAAGGCUAUGAGCCUGAGCAUUGGGAGUAUUACAAGGUACUACGAGCCCUUUGUUGUCGCCGUUCUAUUCGCUCAUCACAAUCCAUGCCUUAUUAGCAUCUAUCAGAAGUGACUAGUCAUUCUAUCAGAAAAUGAAAUGGCAUCAUCUAGCCUAUAAACCUAAACAACAAAUUCACAUUGGAGAUGCCACUGGAGAUUGCUUACAAUCAGACUUGGGCAAAGUUGAUUGUGAGUCCUAUUGUUGUCCCUGUAUUUGCAGCAUCCUAUCACGAGGUGGAUCUCGCAGACCUUCUAUGACUCCCCAGUGAAAGACUAUGAGAAGAUGAUGGCUCUGAUCCAGAUUGAGGCUGAGAAGGGCGAGAUGAGGUGAGUGUCACACAGUGAUGAGCUGCCACUGACUGCAUAGCCUGUAUCUAAUUGGUUUGCCGCCCUAACAUUUAGGUCCUCUUGCAACAUAGUGCUUGCAUUCCUUUCUUCUUUUAUUGUAUGAGGAAAAUAUGAAAGAAAACAGACUGUGGACAAUAAACGCCUUUUAAUCUCUACACAUUCAUUUGUCAACAAAUCCUAUGUUUUUGUAUCUGCAGACUGCAACAGCUAGAGGUGCGUAAGCAAAUGAGAAUGAAGGGAGAUGGACCCUGGUUCCAGAUUGAGACACUGGACAAGAAUCUGAUCGACAACCGCAUCAAAUCAACGCCUGACAAUUAAACCAACCAGUCCAACCACCCAGUCUAAAUUGUCAGUGCCACGUAUUGAUGGAUCACUGUUUGUAUAUUAUUUUCUUCAUGACUAAAAUAAAGUAAAUGUCAAUACUUUGAAAUGCAA